CCCUCCCAUCGAUAAGUGCCAGACGCAGCAGCGUUUUUUUCUUCCAAACCCUCUGCACCGACUCUGUUCGCCGCACACGCGAUCUCUUGCUCCGUCGUAUAUGCGCCCGCUAGGAGGAGCUCCAAUAUCAAGAUUGGCCGACUCCAGCGCGCGCCUCUAGAUCCCUCGCCCCGAUAAUACAGAAUUAUCGCCCGACAGAAGAAUCUGAAGAAAGAGAAACGAGCUGCUUCCCUUUCGCAAUGGAGAGCCUGCAGCUGUCCCAGGUCCUCGCCGACUUGAGCAAUCUCGGCGCAGCUGAACCUGAGGCUGCUGCCGCCAUUGUCAACGCCAACCUCCCCAUCAUCCAGGCCGAGUUCCCAAAGUCCGACUCCCCAGCUCCCUCCCAACAGCAGCAGAGGCCCUCGUCUGGCCUGAGGCGCGCAUGGUCCUCUGAAGCCGCCAUGCAGCCCAAGUUUGACAAGAUGGGCCGGCGCAUCCUCAUCAGCUCGCCCAAGUCUGGAUCAGCGGCCAACUCCUCGCCUGGCACGCCCCAACCUUCCAAUUAUGAAGAAGAUCUCGAACGAGCCAACACGCUCAUGGCCCUGUAUAACAUUCGCGCGAAGCUCAAGCAACAGGACAACAGCAGCCUCAUCAGAGCGCGCGAAAAGAUCAACGCCUUGGCUGCAAGGCAGCAAGCCCAGCAGUUCGCCGAGCUCAACAUGAAAAAGGCCGAAGAGAUGCGACGAAACCGAUAUUCUUUCCCCAAGGCAUGA